AUGAAGACAUUUUGGCGAUUUCUACCUCUUUUCUCGGCUACCACCAGUCUCGUCGAGGCUGUGAACCCGAUGAAAGACUUGGUUCCCCGACUCUCGACAGGUGCCUGGAUUACCACGGAACUUUCCUCUGCGCCACGAUGGAGCGAUUAUGCUGCCCCCAAACCUGGAUAUAUUGUCCAUGUCGCCGAAGAGCUUGAUGUAGCAGAGACUAUCAAGUACUGUAACGAGAAUAAACUCGAGUUUCUCGCUCAGGCCGGUGGUCACGGCGGCGCUACCACAUUUCAUCUGAGAACUCAAGAUAUCAUCAUCAAUUUGCGUGGUCUGAACUCAACAGUUGUGAGCGAGAAUAAAUCUGAGAUGCUCGUUGGGGGAGGUGCUUUGAACAGCGAGUAUGUUGCGGCAGCUGCGGAUAGCGGAGUUAUUAUCUUAAACGGCGGUUGCAACUGCGUCGGUGUCAGCGGAUUGACACUGGGCGGAGGUCUCAGUUACUGGAUGAACGAGUUCGGCAUGCCUGUUGAUAAUCUCAUAUCGGCAAAUCUGGUGACAGCCAGGGGCGAGCUAAUUGAAGUCUCGGAAGACAAGAACCAAGACUUACUCUGGGCUAUCAAAGGCGCAGGUCCUAAUUUUGGCAUUGUUACAUCUUUGAGGAUGAAGGUACAUCCCCGUGAAAAUGUGAAGGUCUGGAUGGCACAGCUGGUGUUCUCUGGGGACAAACUGGAGGAGUUCUUGAACACGAUGAACGAACUCAAAUUAUCGCAGAAGAUGGUCGUUAAUUGGGGUCUAACCUAUGUUUCUCCUGGACCCUCUUCAAGCAUUUUCGCGGGUCUUACUUAUUUGGAUGGCGACUCUGACGCUGCGGAAGCAGCAUUUCAACCGCUUUUCAACAUUGGGCCCGAUCAGACGAUGUUGAUCGGAGUCAUGGAUUAUGCCAGGAUGAACGAUGCCGUGGACGCUUUUUGCGAAGACGGUGGACGAAAGCCCACUUGGCUGGUUGGUCUGAAAUCUUUGGAUUAUCCUACUUGGCAGCAAGUCUCCGAUCAACUGGCCACUUUUGUUAAGACUACGAACCAGUCUGACAGUCGCGUACUUGUUGAAACCUACUCAACGGACGUCCUCCGCGAGAUUGGGUCUGAUGGGGCAUCGUACCCACACCGCGAUGUCAACUUCCACGCUUUUGUACAGCCUAUUUAUGACGAUUCUAGUCUCGAUGACGCAGCCGAUAAACUUGGCGCCCAAGUACGAGAACUUUGGAGAGAGACGGAUGGCUUCGAUAGUCCACGAACGUAUAUCAAUUUCGCCCAUGGUGACGAAGAUCUUGAAGAUAUCUAUGGUGAAAGUCUGCCCCGACUUAGAGAGCUUAAGAAGAAGUGGGAUCCAUCCAACCGAUUUAAUCAGUGGUUCCCAAUUGUCUAG